AUGGUGGUAACCCGGGAUGCAGAGGAGGAGGACACGGAGGUGGGAGAGGAGGAAAAAGAUGAGGAUGAUGAUGAGAAGGAGGAGGAGGAGGAGGAGGAGGAGGAGGAGGAGGAGGAGGAGGAGGAGGAGGAGGACGAGGAUGCGGAGGAGGAUACGGAGGAUACGGAGGAGGAGGAGGAGGAGGAGGAGGAGGAGGAGGAGGAGGAGGAGGAGGAGGAGGAGGAGGAGGAGGAGGUGGAGGAGGAGGAGGAGGAGGAUGUGGCGACAGGAAAGGCAAGGUAG